CCUGGGGACGUGGUUGGUUAUUGCCGCAGGUGCAUCAAACAAUAGCAUAAGUUUCUAUGCGAACGAAACUCAACGAAUAACGCUAAAUCUGUCCGAAACUCCGCAUGAUGCCUGGAGCUACACAUCAAAAAAGCUAAUUUGAAAAGGAGCUGACCUUAAACCAAUUUUGGGAAAUCAAACCAAGUCCUGUUCCCAAGUUCCCAAAUUUAGAAAAGAAUGAUGUUUAUAACCGUUAGAUAUGCAGAUGACAGGAAGGAACUUUUCAACCCGGACUGCAGAAGUUGUUUACUACUGAAUAAUAUUAAGGAACGAUGCGACUGUGAAGAGGAUGAUAUAGUAGACUUAUCAGACGAGACUGGGAACCUGAAGGACUUAUUGAACCACCCCCUCGAAUACGCCUCUAAGUACUUGACACCAAGGGAGAUACUUGUGCUUGUCAAGGGAGAAAAGGCGGACGGCGAUCGUAUGACGUUUGUUCCAUUACUGGAAAACUUAGAAAGUGAUGCAGAAUUUCUCGAGCGGUUGAAUCCUCCUCCACCAAAGAAAGAGGAACGAAGUCCGUCCCGUCACUCCCCAAGUCGAAUGCAUCCCGCGCUCGCGCAAGGCAAACGUACAUCAUUGGUGCCUAAACCAAACAAGAAUCUAACCCUCCCCCUGCAAGGCAGAAAUGCGCUCAGCCCAAGUAUGGGCAGACGGUCAAGCCGCGCCCGCAGUCAAAGCGUACAGCUGGCACGAACCCCGCUGAGUUUUCUAAAAAAGCGAUGAAUUAGUACGCGAUGAAAUGAAUAAAUAUUAUCAUUUCAAAAAA